ACAGUUGACACAACAGUCAACUGUAUCACCGCAUACGAGAAUCGUUUUUGCUGGAUUGUGGAAUAUAGGGAGAUGGAGAGAGAAAGUUCAAGGAAAAGAGGUGUAGCCAGCAUUCCCUUUGGUAACACUCCCAUGGACAUAUUCUUCAUUCACCAAUCACUGUUCAACAAACAGGUACUGUGACAGAUUACCACACCUUUGACAGGCACCAGCACGUGGAAGAAAGUUAUAGAGGGUGGGGAAUAGAUACAAAGAUUUAAAGUCAAAUACGAAGUGAAAGAGAGGUACUGGAAACUUUCAAGAAACCAAAGCAAUUAAUUUGGACAGUGUUGGAAAGAGUGUAAAACAGUGCACAGGAAGUUCAGAAUUACAAGUAAACAACAUAACAAGGACUCACUGUCUGAGAGGAGACACAGAAAGAAACAGUGGUGGAGGAUGGACACAUGGCUAAAUGAAGUCCAGAAGUAUCCAGCCCUGUAUGUACUCUGCUGCUCCGUAGCCUUCAGGAUCCUUCAUAAAUUACUACAGACUGUGCCCUGUCCCAGGAUGGUGGACUCAGACCCCUGGAAGACAUGGAAAUGGAAGAACCUCUCAGUUUCUCUCGUGCACUCCCUGCUGACUGGCACCUGGGCUGUUGCUUGUGUUAUACAGCGUCCUGUGAUGGUGCAUGAAAUCCGUUCAACCUACACCCCUUUAUCCUACCUGCUAAUCAUUGUCUCAUCUGGGUAUUUCAUUCAGGAUGCUGGUGACAUUAUCUUUAGUGGGUAUGCUAAAGAAUCUUGGGAAUUUCUACUUCACCAUUUUCUGGUGAUCUGGUGUUUUCUGUAUGCCGUGUUCACACAUCAUUAUGUAGCAGGUGCAGUCGUGGCCUUAUUUGUGGAGGUGAACAGUGUAUUCCUACAUGCACGUUUAUUGCUCAAACUGGCUAAAGUGUCCCAAAGUUCCUUGAUCUACUCGAUUAACAAACUAUUCAAUGUGGUAACCUAUGUAACCUUCCGGCUUGGAGCACAGUUUUACCUCACCUGGUACAUCAUACACAACUACUCAUCACUGGACCAUGCCUUCUACUUCCUGGUAACUAUGGUCCUAAUGAACAUCAUGAUUCUCAUCUAUUUCUACCGCCUUCUAAGGACCGACUUCUUCAGCAAGCGUCGUCAUGAAAACAGUGUUCGUAAAUUUGCGGAGGACUAAAACAACAAUGCUUUUUGUGCAGAAGUUUGAUGUCUAUCAGUCCAUCCCUCCAAAGACCGCAUUCAAGUGACUGUUAACACUAAACACUUGUUCAUGCAUUAUCAUAGAACAAGCAAACCUCACUAGAGGGAAAACCUGAUAAACAAUAGAGACAAUGAACAAAUUUUGUUUUUAAUUGUUAGAAUAGAUACUUGACUAUUUUUUGAGUUUCACUGAUAUGAUAGCCCUGUUCUAAACUACAACCUUCUAACCUACUAAGACAUUCUUAUACUCUGGGAUGCAGGAGUAGAAGGCAUACAUGGGCAUACAUCCUCACCCUUAAUCUUUGUGCACAAUUUUUUUCAAUAGAAUAAAACCCUGUAAAUGAUUUGGGGAAAGAUAACACAAAGAAUUCCACAAUUGGUGGUUGUGGGGUGAAGUGUACCAGGUGCUUUGGGGUCACUGGGCCAGCGAUUCAAGUGAUAGUUAACCUUGCAUCCAAAUUCAGAAAGUGUCAUUACAUUGGACUUGUUCAGGAAUGCAGGUAGUAAAAUCCAAAGAAUCAGAGAAAGAAACCCACAAAGAGAAACCCACCUUUCGAACGAACUGAACAACUAUUUUCUCAUUAAGUUGUUACGAAGAAGUUAGCUCAGCCUCAAAAUGUUGGGGGGGAUCAAUCUUCAAACUUCCUGGGUAGGUGACAUGUGGAAAAAAAUUCUGUUUGUGGUCCAAUAAAAUGUCUUUUUGUAAACCUUU